AUGAAUCAUUUGAAGUUUCUAACGAUAGUGGACAGUAAUGCGGUUAGAAGCUCGGAUCUGAAUCAGGAAACAUCUAAUUUAUUGAAGGGGAUUGUAAAGGAGAUAAAGACCUGCCAGUCGGCAAGGAGGGGCUCAGACCUUGUAUUUGUCCUCCCAGAGCCCAGAAUAGUCCUUCCCAAGCAAUACUUAAAAGAGCAUGUUGAGACGAGAUGGGAGAGAUUCGCAAGGGCCAAGGGAAUAAAAAGAAGAAAGAAAGGAUCUCUUGUGUACGACGAGGAGAUAGGAGAAUAUAUUCCUCGAUACGGGCCCCACAGCAAGAAAAAUAGGAUUCUGAAGGCAGCAGUGAAGGAUGGAGAAAUAACUGUGUCUGCACUUAGGAGACAAAGAAAGAACAAUAUCGAGAAAAAUGAGGCUAACAGGCUUGCCAACAUUUUUCGAAGAAGAGAAAAUAGUUAG